AUGGGAACUGCGAGCCUCGGUGGCGAAAUUGUCAACGUCGUCAACAAGCUGCAAGAUGUCUUCACUGCUGUCGGAUCCUCGGCCUCCCAGAUAGACCUGCCGCAGAUCUGUGUGCUCGGAAGCCAAAGUAGCGGGAAGAGUAGUGUGCUCGAGAAUCUCGUUGGUCGGGAUUUCUUGCCACGGGGUACCGGUAUUGUGACACGGCGGCCAUUGGUCCUGCAACUCAUCAAUCGGAAAGCAACAACCAAACAAGCUAAUGGGUCGUCUGCUAAAGUCGUCGGCGAUGAUCCCGCUGCUAACGAGGAUGAGUGGGGAGAGUUCCUCCAUCUACCAGGGGAGAAGUUCUAUGACUUCAACAAGAUACGGGCAGAGAUCGUCCGAGACACAGAGGCGAAGACGGGGCGCAAUGCUGGUAUCUCGCCACAACCCAUCAACCUGCGCAUCUACUCGCCAAAUGUCCUGACGCUUACACUUGUCGAUCUUCCUGGUCUCACGAAGGUCCCGGUUGGAGACCAACCGCGAGACAUUGAGAAGCAAAUCAAGGAUAUGCUCCUAAAGUAUAUUUCCAAGCCUGCGUGUAUCGUUCUCGCAGUCACCGCUGCCAACACCGACUUAGCGAAUUCAGAUGGACUGAAGCUGGCACGAGAGGUGGAUCCUGAGGGUCAGAGGACAAUUGGUGUCUUGACCAAGGUUGAUUUGAUGGACCAAGGGACGGACGUGGUCGACAUUCUGGCCGGACGUAUCAUCCCACUACGGCUGGGAUAUGUGCCUGUGGUGAACCGAGGACAACGCGAUAUUGACAGCAAUAAGCCCAUCAGUGCUGCGCUCGAGUACGAACGGCAAUACUUUGAGAAUCACCCGUCGUACAAGGGAAAGGCGCAGUACUGUGGUACACCAUUCCUUGCGCGCAAGCUCAAUGUUAUCCUCAUGGCACACAUCCGCGCAACCCUACCAGACAUCAAGGCGCGCAUCUCGCAGCAACUGCAGAAGUACAACACGGAACUGCAGAGCCUGGGAGGCGCCAUGGGCGACGGCAACUCGGCGAACGUCGUCCUCUCUGUGAUUACCGAAUUCUGCUCCGAGUUCCGCACGAUCAUUGACGGUAACGGGAGCGACUUGUCGCUCAACGAGCUAUCCGGAGGAGCACGUAUCAGCUUCGUGUUCCACGAGCUGUUCAACAAUGGUAUCAAGAGCAUCGAUCCGUUCGACCAGGUGAAGGACGGGGACAUCCGCAUCAUCUUGUACAACUCAUCGGGUUCUACACCAGCAGUCUUCGUCGGCACGCAGGCGUUCGAGAAAAUUGUGAAAGCGCAGAUCAAACGGCUGGAGGAUCCUAGCUUGAAAUGUUGCCAGCUGGUCUAUGACGAGCUGAUCCGCAUUCUGGGUCAAGCCCUUAAUAAGAUUGUAAGUUCGCUACCAUUCCGGAGAUUCCCUGCUCUGCGGGACAGGUUUAAUUCCGUCGUCGUGACUUUCUUCAAGAAUGCAAUGAACCCCACGACGAAGCUUGUGACCGAUCUCGUCUCAAUGCAGGCAUGCUACGUCAACACGUCACAUCCUGACUUCCUGAACGGCCACAAGGCGAUGUCCAUCGUCCAGGACCGUUUGAACGCAAACAAGCAUUCAACCCCAGCUCCGGACCCGAAAAGCGGCAAGCUCGCGCCGGGGCAGAUCAAUAAUAACAACGACCUUGAUGUUGAUAUCAAGCAGGCGGACAACAGCUUCUUCGGUUCGUUCUUCUCUGCGACGAAGAAUGUGUCGAAGAAGAAAGGCGCUGCGGUCAUGGAGGCACCACCAGCGAUCAUUCGGCCGCAGGCUCCUCUCAGCGAGCGGGAGACGAUGGAGACGGAAGUCAUCAAACUGCUCAUCCACUCAUACUUCAACAUCGUCAAGCGCGAGAUGAUCGACAUGGUACCCAAGGCAAUCUCGCUGACACUCGUGAACCGUUCGAAGGACAACCUGCAGCAGGAAUUGUUGCAGGAGUUGUACAAGCCUGAGGUGCUCGACGAGCUACUCAAGGAGUCAGACUAUGUCGUCGCGCGCAGGAAGGAGUGCGUACAGAUGGUGCAGGCACUCAACAAGGCGGAAGAGUACGUCAUUUCUCAUGUUGGGACGAUUGUUUGCUGA